AUGUACAUAACCCUCUACUACAUAGUCACCCGGCUCCCUAACUCUCCCCGCGUAGUCAGGGACCACUUCCUCUCAGUUUGCCCCACCACUCUCACCGUUGACCUCCUCGAGAAGGCCCUCCUAGCGAUAGAGAAGAGCAUAGUCGCUGUAGGAGCCUCUCGUGGUGACCCUCGCACCCCCGUCUUUGAAGGUCAGCCGGCGCUGCGUCUGCCCCGAGCGGGAAGCGCCGCACCGGCAGGGGCAAGGGGGGCAAGGGCACUGGAGGGGCUGGAGGGGGCGGUGGAGGUGAUGGUGGAGGCAGUGGAGGGAGUGGGGGUGGUGGUGGGAUUGGUGCCGGGGGUGGCAGCAGCGACGGCAGUAGUGGAGGCGGCGGAGGCGGUGGAGGUGGCGGAGGGAGCUGAGGCGGCGGAGGUGGCGGAGGAGGCGGAGGUGGAGGAGGCGGCGGAGGCGACGCCGGCGGCGGCGGUGGUGGAGCGGGUCGCGACUCUGCGCAGAGGAGUGGCUCAGCGCGGUGGGGGUUUAGGUCCCUGCGCUUACUUCGUCCGUAACGGCGACCGAGCUGGUGAGCAGUGCGGAGGCCCGCACUCCACCCACCGCUGCUUUGGUCGCCUGACAGACGCGUGGCGUCGCCAGUUUCCUGAGGCGUCAGAGAUCCCCCGCUGGGGAGAUCUGACUAAGGCCGGGGUUGCUAUCUUUGAUCUUGAUUUUGAUGCUAUUCUUGCUGCCAUGUAUGCUGUUGAUACUAGUGUUGCGAGUGACUGUUACCUGUGUGUACCGCCUGACCCGGGCAUUGAGGCCGCUCCUCUAGGUGCUGGUGAGGCUACUGCUCUAGGUGCUACUACGUCUGCUGCCCCAGGUGCCAGUGCGUCUGCUGCCCCAGGUGCUGGUGAGUCUGCUCUCUCAGGCACUACGUCGGCUCACGCCUUCCACACCUUCACCCUGGACUCGGGUGCGUCCCGCUCCUUCUUUCGAGACCGCACCACUCUUACACCGCUCAGUCGGCCGGUUGCACUCUCCCUGGCAGACCCCUCUGGGGGUCAUGUCCUUGCUAGCUUCUCCACUGUCCUACCGUGCCCGUCAGCCCCCUCUGGCACCCUGUCUGGUCUCUACCUCCCAUCGUUCUCUGGCACCCUGUCUGGCGAUGCGUCUGCGUUUCGGCUCCAGCUGUGA